AACCUCCCGUUUUAAGAACCUGAGCCGCGCGAUCCCAUCAUUCAUAUUUCUCCCUUUCUCACUAACUCGCCCAACGCCAGCUCUCCCCGUUCGCCAUUCGCCGGCGCAGCCGUCCACCGUCGCCCCUCAUUUGUGCUCUCUCUACUCUAUCCCAUCCAUCUCUGCUUGCUUCUCCGGACCCCGCACUGUAGCCACACUACAGCCUCCGUCACCCCGUCGUCGCUGCCAGUCGAACCCCACAGCCGUCGCCGGAUUUGUGAUUGUGAGUAAGGUUCUUCUGGAUAUUUCUAUUGAAGUCUUUGUGUGAAGUUUUGAAGUGAAUUUGGAUCAAGCGACACUUUGGGAAAUAUAUCGAGUGUGAUGGCUGUGAGGAGACCUGGAAUCAUUGCUUUAUUCGAUGUUGAUGGGACUUUAACAGCUCCUAGAAAGGUUGCUACUCCAGAGUUGUUGAAAUUUAUGAGCGAGCUCCGAAAGGUUGUUACAGUUGGUGUUGUGGGAGGAUCUGACCUUUCAAAGAUAUCAGAGCAGCUUGGCAACUCAGUUAUUCAUGACUAUGAUUAUGUGUUCUCUGAGAAUGGACUCGUGGCACAUAAAGAUGGGAAGCUCAUGGGGACCCAGAGCUUGAAAUUACAUCUGGGAGAAGAAAAUCUUAAGAGUAUUAUCAACUUUACGCUUCAUUAUAUUGCUGACUUGGAUAUUCCUAUAAAAAGGGGAACAUUUAUUGAGUUUCGAAAUGGGAUGCUUAACGUUUCACCAAUUGGGCGAAACUGCAGCCAAGAAGAAAGAGAUGAAUUCGAGAAGUAUGAUAAGGUCCAUAAUAUACGCCCCAAAAUGGUUUCUAUCCUUCGGGAGAAAUUUGCACAUCUUAAUUUAACAUUCUCCAUUGGAGGACAAAUAAGCUUUGAUGUCUUUCCUCAAGGUUGGGACAAGACAUAUUGCUUGAGGUACCUUGAAGAUUUCCAAGAAAUCCACUUCUUUGGCGAUAAAACUUACGAGGGAGGAAAUGAUCAUGAAAUUUAUGAAUCAGAACGAACUGUUGGUCACAAAGUUAUCAGCCCUGACGAUACUGUGGAGCAGUGUCAGGCUAUAUUUUUUUAACAAUAUCCAUUAUCUAAUAUCCGAAGCUGCAAUUUUAUCUGUAUGAAUACGCCACGUUGUGAUUUUUUCACAAGUUUAUUGAUUAAGAACAACUUUUCUGCCUUUCAGAAAAAAAAAAAAAAAAGCUUCUCAGUUUUAUUUAUAAUUAAUAAUGGUUAAAUUGUUGGAUUGGAGACUCUGGUGAAUGGAAUUUUUUCAUGUCAACACAAUAAAAAUAAAAGCCAAUUGAAUUAGUGUCCCUAAA